UCAAGCUGACACUUUGCAUUAUUUGACAAGGAUAGAAGACUUGCUAUCUAUCCUUCUUCUUCUUCUUAUAUCUUUUCUACCCUUGAGACCGGUCACUUGCCAAAUGGAGUAGCCACCAUCUCCGGCCACCCACUCGGACGAGCCCAUCAGAAUUUGGGAAAGUUUCGGCGACCAGAGCAGUUGAAAGUGAGGAAAAUUACACGGAGAGACAAAGACAGAUGGAACUUCAGCAUUUCUUCCACCACCAUCCGUUGGCCUCGACUUAUUACACGACAUCUUCUUAUAGAAGAUAUUGUCAGGGGUGCACGGAAGAAAUAUUGGGUUUUAGUUACAGUUGCCAAAUGUGCGAGUUCUUCCUCCACAAAUCAUGUGGCGAACAACCCCACGAAUUGCAGCACCCAUUGCACCCCCAACAUCCUCUUCUUCUCAGAGAAACCCCAGAUGAUGAAAGCCCAGAUGAUGAAAGCGCACAUGAUGAAAACCCAGAUGAUGAAAGCCCACAUGAAGAAAGCCCACAUGAUGAAAGCCCACAUGAUGAAAACCCAGAUGAUGAAAGCCCACAUGAUGAAAACCCACAUGAUGAAAACCCAGAUGAUGAAAGCCCACAUGAUGAAAACCCAGAUGAUGAAAGCCCACAUGAAGAAAGCCCACAUGAUGAAAGCCCACAUGAUGAGCUAUGUUAUUUCUGCAAUAAAUAUAUACACCGCUUCUUGGGCUUCGCUUACAAUUGUUCUCACUGUAAUUUUAACCUUCAUCUUAAAUGCGCUUCUAUACCCUUUACCCUAAAACCUGAAUUUCACGACCACCCAUUGAGGCUCCUGCAGAAAUCAGUCUCCUUCACUUGCGAUGCAUGCGGGAAGGAAGAUAAAGACAUGUACUCUUACGUAUGUACCAGUCUCACAUGCUCAUUCAUGGCCCACCAAAAAUGUGCUUCCUUACCGUUGACUGUCAAACAUACAAGUCAUCACCACACUCUCGACCUCACCCACUCUUCUCAGCUAAAUCAAUCCCACCGUCAAAUUUGUCGUCUCUGCGUUAAAAAGGUGGACACUGACAGAGCUUAUUAUUGCUCGAAAUGUAAUUUUGUUGCCCACCUUGUUUGUGCUACACGCGAGGGAGAAACCGAGGAAAUAAAGAAGCCUCUAGAGUCGACAGGUAUCCUUAAAAACGAAGAUUCAGAACUGGAUGAAUCCAUUGACUCAUUACCUUAUGCUGUGAAGAAGAUGAAGAUAGGAGAGGAUAAAAUUGAAAUACCAGUAGAAAUCGAACAUUUUAGUCAUCAACAUGACUUAAAGCUUACAGAGGAGCUUCUGAACAAGGAACAAUGUGAUGGGUGUAUGCUUCCUAUAUCUACAUCCCCAUCCCCACAAUUUUACAGUUGUGCUCAAUGCAGAUUUUUUCUUCAUAAAUCUUGUGCUGAAUUAUCAAGAAAAAAGCGACACUCACUUCAUCCGCACCUCCUCACCCUCUUCGCAAAGGCACCUUAUCCUUUUGGCGGCGUCAGUUGUAAUGUUUGUGAUAGGUCAUGUGAAGGCUUCAUCUACCAUUGUAAGGAAUGCUAUUUUGAUGCAGAUGUCCAAUGUAGUUUGAUCUCAGACAUCCUUCCACAUGACGGUCACGAGCACCCGCUUAUUCUAUCAAGAGCACCCGUAAGUGAGAAUUGUAGUUGUUGUGAUAAUAGUGGAAGAGUAUUCAAGUGUGCUGAUUGCGAAUUCACUUUGGAUGUCAAAUGCGCUACACUGCCACAUACCAUGAGGUACCGAAGCUUUGAGCAACCCUUCAAAUUGUGUUAUAAGGCUGAAGAUGAUCAUUAUGAGGACGAUGAAUAUUAUUGUGACAUUUGUGAAAAAAAACGAAAUCCAAAGCACUGGUUUUAUUACUGUGCAGAUAUGAGUUUCCCUGCCCAUCCCAAUUGCAUUCUUGGAAAAUAUCCGUAUUGGAAACGAUUGGCAUCUACUACCUCCUUGUGACAGCCCUGAGAUCGUUAAUUACUGAGCAAGUUUAAGGUUUCUCAUCAUCAUGAUGUAAAUCAAAUCCCGAUUGUUCAUUAUGUUAUAAAAGACAAGCAUGUUUGACAUUUCAAUGAUCAUGUUCUUUAUGUAUU